UGUCCCAUUUUUAAGGCCGUGUUUGGAAACAUCCCUCACUCUUCAUUCUCCUCAUUUUCUUCAUUCUUGGUUUCCCCAAUUCUUCUUCACACCCAAAAUUCACAAACCCUAAUUUUCACCCCAAAUCUAAACCCUAAUCAGAUCGCCCAAUUCAUCAAUUCGCCCAUCAUGGCCACUCCAGAUGUCAUGCAAGCAGAGAAAAACUUUCACUUUAUUGAUCAUCCCAAUGGGGAAAAUGUGAAACCUAGAGAGAUGUCAAUCGAGAAAAAGAUUGAUCUGCUGGAAGGCUUGACUGGAAAUGUCAGCAACCGACGAACUCGCAGGUGGAUAAAUGAUCGUCUGUUGAUGGAGCUUGUUCCUCGUUUGAAUGCAGAGGAAAUUAGAGGCUUGUUUGCGCCACCACCUUGGGGUGAUGAGGUACCAGUUUCAGCAUUUUGCAUGACAAAUGGAGGGGAGUGGGACAAGUUCAGAAAUAUUGACAUGGACAAAGAGAUUAAAGUAAUCGAAACCCUUGGAGGCUCUUCUUCAAAAAAGAAAGGUCGUGUGGAUGUUGAUAAGAUGGCUGUUUUGGCUGCAUGGCACAGAGUAAACUGUCGCACUAGAGAAGCACUCCGACGUAGCUUCCUUGCUGAGCUAAUUGAGAGCUAUGAGGCAUGUCUGAGGGUUUUCAUUGAGGAGGGUCUUGACGGAGAUGUUCUUGUGCUACAUGUUAAAGACCCUUUCCAUAGGAUGCUACUUCACGGUGUUUGUGAGUUCUAUGACUUGGUGUCUGUGACAGACACCGAAUCAGACACAGAGCCGAUGAAGCCCACAAAGAUCAAGAAAAAGAAAGCAGGCUCUGUCCAACCACCGAAAAUCACCCUCUGCAACUUCCUGAAAAUGGCAAAGGAAGGAAACUGGUAACUCCGUUUGCAGGGACUCACAUACAUUAGUAGAUGGGUAGUAUAGAACCCAGUUAUCAUCAUAUCAAAUCGUCUUGUUUGUGAAAACAAAUCGUAAUGACUUAAUUAUCGUUUUAGGCCUUAGUGUGAUCUGUAACAUUAAUAGGUUGUUAAAAUUGCUGGCAAUCCUCUAGUUUAUUUCUGUUCAAAUAAAUUGAUUAUCCAGUUUCCAAAUGCUGGAAUCUGGAUUAGUCAUCUGUGUAAAUAUGAAUGGCUGUUCAACUUAUUUUCGUUUGUUUAGAUGCCAGAAACUGUCUGUCAGUUGUUUCUA